AUUAAGGACACUGACAAAGGCGUGCAGGCAUAACUGAGUCUAUGCCAGGGAUUGUGGGGGUUGUAGUGCAGCGCAGGCCUGAGCAAUGCUGUGCUAUUGCAUGCGCUGUGGUUUGCUGCUCUGGGCUGAGCAGAUUCUAGGUGAAGUCCUUGCUUUUCGGGCACCUCCCCUGGCUUCCUGCACAGCUGCCAGCAGCAGAAUUAAACAAUAACAAGGCUGUUUAAAGACCCCACCGGCUGCACUUCCUGGAGUGUUUCACAGAAACAUGCUUUCUCUGCACAACACUGGGACAAUCUGGGCUGGACACUGCACCUUUGGGUGCCUGGUGAAACAACUUUUCAGCCUCUCUCCCUUGCCAAGUUCGUCCCUGGCUGUGCUGAGGGCCAAGCCGUAUCGCUGGUGCUUGUUUCCUCGCUGUAAGAAGCGUGAAUUUUGGCAGUGGCUUCUGAUGAUGCCCAGACUCUGGCUGCAGGGAGGCAGAGGCUCCCCAUCACCAGCAUUGUACUAAGUGUCUCAAGGGGCUGGUUCUCCCAAGGAUCUGGGAGGCGGGCGGUGGGAUGGACCAGAACCUGGGGAAUGGCUGUGCUCCAGACGCAGCAGCUAGUUCAUCCUUGGGGCUCCCAGACAGGUUCCUGGGCAUGGCCAGCCAAGUUCACUGGUGGGGCAGCAGAAUUGACGAGAGAGAGACCCGGAUCUCCAGAAGGGCUCAGCACUCACAGGUAUGGCUUUAUCCACAGGGCUCCUUCUGUGCUGAGCCCUUCCGGAGAUCCUGGCCCCCACAUCCAGAGGCAGAUGAAGUUUCCCUGGGGUCCUAGGCCAGAGCAAGUGGGGCCCCUCCCGAUCCCUUCUGCCUGUGGCCCUUCCCAAGUGGGAUCGGGGUGUGGGGCUCCCCCUGCCCUGCCUGCCAGGUGGUCAGGGAUUCAGGCUUCCACUGCUUGAUGGCGGAUUUUUUCCGGGGGCUCUGUUGGCCCAGAGGCUAAUCCACCACUGCUCACAGCCAGAGGUCCCCUUUUUCUCUGUCUCCUCCACACUUGGAGAAGCCUUCAUGCUCAGGGACAGGCUAGGGCUCCCGAUUCCACCCUUUGAACAAGGUUCAUUUAUUGUUAUUUAAUACUUACUUGGCAGUAGCACUAGUGGCUGUGUGCUUGUGGUGCCAGGUGCUGGAUGUGUGCACACUCACACCUGCAUGUGGCGAAGACCCUACACAGACCUUACACAAACAAAACAAAGCACCUUGGGCAUGAUUUUUAGGCACCUGAAGAUGCAGAACAGUGCCAAGUUGUGCCAAGGUGCUUUUGAAAAUCUCGCAAGGCACCUAUCUGCAUCUCUGGCCACCAAAAUACCCUUGAAAAUCCAGCCCUUAGCCCCUCUCACUCUGCCCUAUGGCUGCAGACAGCUGUUCUAACACCAGCAGCAAAACCACACUAGGAGAGCUGAAGGUAGAGGCAUGGUGCAGAUGAGAGUGGGGCAGAGGUGUCUGGGCUCUACCUGGCCUCGCUGCUCUCCAGCUUGGCACUGCCAGCUGCUUGUGCCAUGCCUGGCUCGUCCCUCCCUCUGCAGCAUCCGGAUCCUCCCCUGCUUCUCUCAGACUCACCCCAGCUGGGGAGCAAGUGACAGGUUCCUAAUUUAGCACCGGACACCCAGGGCUGCUUCAGUGCCUCUGCCAGCAUAAAGGGGUCUGAGAGAGGGGGAGCCGGCUCUUGGACUGGGGCCAGCUGUGUCGAUACAGGGGUGUCCCAGGGCCAAUGAGGGUUACAGGGGUAACCAAUCCUUGGUCUCUCACUGUUACAACAAUAACCUGUUCAGUGUGGUCUGGGAUGUCCUGCCGAGUCCCCUGAGAAGAAUCACCGUUGAAACCCCUUUGAGUACACAGAGAACGCUCUGUGCCCAUCUUCUCCCGGCGCUUCCUGCUAGCUCCGAAUGGAAACAGCAGCCCUCCACCACAGCCACAGCAGCAGCAGCUCCUGUCUAUGUUUGUCUGUCUAUUGCCAUCUCCCUCUGACUGUGUCCCUACGCUCCAUCUUAUCUCUCUCUCCCCACACACCCCUUCUAGCUAUCAAUCCCCAUCCCCACACACCCCACCCACCCCCUCAGCUGGUUUAGUGGGCAAACUGUGGUGCAUAGGCUGAGAAUGGGGUGAGGACUCUGUCCCUAUGUGUGUCUCUGCCUCUUGCUCCGGAAGGGGCUGACCACCUGGACUUUGUCUCUCCUGGAAAUCAUCGGCCUCUGGGGCUGGGCAGGGCCUGGCUCCCUGAUCCCUCCCCGUGGCAGACCUUCGUCCCCACAUCUCCAAGAGCUGUGCCAGGCCAGGGCUUGGAGUGCUGCAGAGAGAGCUCCUGGUCUGGCCUCUCUUCCCUGGCGGAGGUCGAUCCCCUGAGCUCCCAGAAACCUCACACUCUGACUGCUGCCUCCCGUACCCCCAGGCAGAGCCAUCUGGGCAGGGCUGGUCAUCUCAGGCUCUGUGAGGCCAGACAAUGGCAGUGGAGUACAUCACAUACCAGGGCAUCAAGUUCCCACCUGCAUAUAACUCUGAGUGGAGCCUGCGCUUCGCCCACAAGGAGUUCCAGGUGCAGGACGAUGAUGUUUUCAACGUCACUUACCCCAAAUCAGGCACAGUGUGGAUGAUCGAGAUCUUGAGCCUGAUCCGCAGCGGCGGGGACCCAGCCUGGAACCGAACCGUCCUCAACUCCACCCGCGUGCCCUGGUUCACUACCCGCCUGGGGCUGGAGUCUGCAUUGAGCUACCCCCGACCCCGCCUGCUGACCUGCCACCUCCCCGUCCACCUCUUCCCCACAUCCUUCAUUGGCUCCAGGGCCAAGGUGAUCUACACACUCCGCAAUCCCAAGGAUGUCCUGGUCUCCUAUUUCUAUUUCUCCAAGAUGUGCAGCUCAUACGAGGACCCCGAGUCCUUCGAGCAGUUCCUGGGGGACUUUCUUAGUGGGGACGUGCCCCACGGGUCCUGGUUUGAUCAUGUCAGAGGCUGGAUGGAAAUGAAGGGCAAAGAGAAUUUCUUCUUCAUCUCUUACGAGGAGCUGCAGCAGGACCUGAGGGGCAGUGUGCAGCGACUCUGCCAGUUUCUGGAGCAGGAGCUGGAUGAUGGAGCUAUCAACUCGGUGGUGGAGAACGCCUCUUUCAAGGCCAUGAAAGAGAACAAGAUGUGCAACUCAACGCUGCUCCCGAUGGACAUCAUGGAUCAGGACAAGGGCACUUUCCUGAGGAAGGGCAUCUGUGGGGACUGGAAGAACCAUUUCACGGUGGCACAGAGCGAAGCCUUCGACAGGAUCUACCAGGACCGGAUGGGGGGGUUGCCGGAGGCGUUCCCAUGGGAUGCACACUAGGAAUGAACCACAGGAAUAAAGCAGAGCAUGGAACCACAGGCAGCUGGGCUGAGUUAGUAGGGACAACUGUCUGCAGUGGUUCACCCAGACCAUGGAAGGGCAUGGCUUCGGCCUAGCGGGAUGGACCAGUGCCAGGAGCAUUGCCUGGCAUGAGUGUCCUCUGCCAGCACUGCCUCCCACGCCCCUUCAUUCCACCAGGCGCCCGGGUCAGCUUGGCCCUAGUCUCCUGGGGCCCAUUGCAUAUCCGAUUGCCCCCGUGAAUGUGUUCAGCUGUAGCCGCCAGCCACUGCAGCUUGCUCUGUCCGUGUCUUCUGGAUUAAAGAUCCCUCGGCCCUCUGAUA